AUGGAAAUACCACGUUACUGCGAGCACAACUACAUCGGAAAUAUUCCAACGGAUAGGGAUACGCACAUUAAUUCAUCGUAUGGAGAAUGUGCAAAAUUUGAUCCAGCAUCUGAAAGCGCGAUGGGUGAAGUUGCCUCGGGAGGUUCUUUCAAAAAGAUGAGGCUUGUUCGAAGCCCACUCAAAAGGGAAAAUCUCGAAAUAAAGAACAUUUCGGCUCUUCAAUUGGAGAAGAGGCAGAAUAAACAUUUAAACGAGCAAAAUAAUGAGGUUACAAGAGACAUACCCUAUAAGAGAAAUGAUUACUUGUCCAACAAUCUUCAGUACUACCACUACAGUAAAGGAUUAGAAACACCUCAUGAAAAGGAAGCAACACAAAUUGCUGAACACAUGCAUGAAAAGUUUUUGUUCCAAAACCAGGGCACUUACUCAAGUAAGUUAUUCCCAAAAGGUGAAUCAGGAGGAAGCCAAAAUUGUCCAGCCGCUAGAACGAAUAAAUAUGAAGCGAACCCUCAAAUGACCCCAUUAGACAAAUUGAGCAAAAAAUAUUUAAUGGAUAACUGUCCAAAGGAUAAUCCUUCUGACUGUGAAAAAAGUACAGAAUAUAAUUCGGCACAAAAUAUUUUGAGAGCAUUUGAAAAUGGUGUAUAUGUAGAUUCGCAGCAGACCUUGCCACUGGAGGGUACUAAUAGCGACGCGUACUUCACCAAAGAAGCCUUAAAUAGUAUCAGCACUAUAAGCUAUAGUCCCUAUGAUUAUCCUCCAAAGGGUGAAGACGAAGACGAAGAAGAAAUCCCUGGAUUAGUAAAUAGUGGUACACACAUUUUUUUCAAUAAAAAGGAUCCGAUCACCCAGGAUAAAGAAAAACUGUUAAAUGUCCAAAUGAGGGAGAAUAAUGCACACUUUACGAAUAGGUCAAGCAUUUCCCGCAUAGGCAGACAGAACGUUCCAAUCAUUGGGGGUUACACAACUUGCAAAGAGAAACCACAAGAUGAGGAGACUACCUAUUACAAUUACCAACUGAGGGGAGAGGCUGAAGUGUGUGAUGAUAAAAUGUGUGAUGCUUUGGAGGGAUAUCAAAAUAAGGAAUCCAACAUGGCAAGUGUAAAUAUAAAAACAGGUGCGAAGAACCACCAUCCUCUUAAAAACGGGUUAGCACAUUAUCCGGACGGUGACUUGCUAUACAUGAAUAAGGCAAACAGGGGAAGCCCAAAUAUUAAUAAUGAAUUUCAUCAUCCUUUGAAUUACUCUGUUUUGUCAAAUGGAUAUCUGGUCCAUGAUGAGGAUUCGAAGAAAUUGGGCUCCAUCUCGAACAGAAUUAUAACGCGUAAUUCUGCAGGGAAGGAAGGAGAAGCUGAGAACGGUGCUUUUAUGACACCCGAAGAGGAUACCCCGAUGGACCAUUUUAAUAUGGUAAGGAAAUUCCAGCCAAAUGGAUUCAUUGGUGAAAAUUACAACACGCACACCCUAUCCAGGUCGAACUUGUGCGAUAAUCCUGCUGAUCUAAUUUCUGAUGAGAAAUAUUACUAUAAUAACCACGUAAAUAACACCUUCCUUAAUGGUCGACCAAAUGCAUACGGACUGAAACAAAGUAAAGGAUGCGUUCUUCAGGUUGAUAGUUCGCGGAGGAAUGGCUCGUCACAUGGGGUGGGACUUCCCAGUGUAACUAUUCUACCGGACCAGCACACUACCCACAAGACAGGCCUCUUUAAUGGAGAAGAUGAGCAGAAUAUGAGUCCAACUAUAUUUACUAAAAAAAUGAACGACAAACAUGGAAUUUACAAAGGCAUUCACCAACAUGUGAGCGGGAAGAAAUACCUCAGCACAUUUGUACAGAACGACUACGAACUGGACGAAAUAAAAAGCUGCAUUCCAGAACGACAUUUAUAUGGCAAAGAAAAUUAUGAUGUUCCCCAAGUUAUUCAAGGGAUAACGAGAAAACAGAAUAACGGAAUUGUGUCCGAGUGUAAUCAAGACACCAUCAUCGAAUAUAAUGAUAAGUGGCGAUUAGUGAAGGGAAAGCAAUUCUCCAUAAACCAGGUGGAUAAUUUUAAAUCAGUGCAAGAUUCCGCAACGUACUUUCAAAACUAUUUAACUGAACAGAACGAAAAUACAAAAAGGAUGCUUACGAAAAUUAACUUUAAUUCGUUGACUGGAAAAUUGAGCAUAAAUUCUUUAGGUGAUGAUAAUGGUGAUAGUGUAAAGCACCUGAGCAGAGUGUAUGAUUAUAAAGAUACGCUGCGUUCCUAUCCCGCCUAUUAUGGUAUAUCCCAAAAUAUGCACACUGGUAGAGAGGAAGCUUUAAAAUGUAUGGAGGAAGAUGGCAGGGGAAUAUUGCAAAAUGAUCAUCCUACUGAUUGUAAAAAUAUGCAUGAACAAAUGCAGAAAAAAAAAAAAGUUGCGAAAAAACCUAACCUUGCCUUAUGUGGUGUUGGUGAUUAUCAGCUAAAGAACCGAAUUCAAGAUUUUGUGUCCCAAAAAAUUAUCGAUUUCUUUAACGUGAAUUUUGUGUAA